UCACCGCCCGCAGCAGCCACCGUGGCAGCGUCCGUGGCGCCCGCAGCGGCUGCUUCUUGCACUGGCUGAGCGCAGGGGGCGGGGGCUGGGGCGGGCAGGAAGCCAUGGAGUUCUGUGCAGCCGCGGACUCCCGGGGAGCCGACUAAGGGGGGAAAACUUGGAGGCUGCGACCAGGUGCACUGACCUCUGUCCCCCCCACCCUCCUCUCCCUCCCUGCCGCCACACACAGCUGCCCAGCCGGCCCCGGGCAGCCUCAGGUGCCUCCGAGAGGUGCUCCACUCCUCCCCCUUGGGCCGAGCCUUGAGCAGAAUCACCGCCCCUUCCCCCCGCCUUUUCCUGCCCUGGAUCUCCGCCGCCACCUCGGUCUCGCUGCUCCCCGGCCGGGGCGGGAGGGGGGCGGUGAGCACCGGGUGCCGAGUUAUCAGGGUGAGGAGGAACUUGUGUGCCCGGGUGGUAGCUCGGCGCGGGGAGGGGGGUCCCCUCUGCUUCCUAGUCCCCGUCUGCCUUUCCCGCCACACUUUCUCUUCGGCGUGCACCUGUGAGCAGAGGUUGCCCUGCUCCUGGAACCUGCGAGAGUGUGGGGGAGGAGUGAACCUGUUCCAGGGCCUCUUGGACCCGCCUUGGGCCAGAACCCAGCUCUGCGAGCCCGGGGAGCAGCGGGGUGGGGUGGGGGCUGCCCCGUGGGGGACACCUGCCCUAACUUCAACUUGACGGGCAGUUAAGUAUUUCUCCCCUCUCUCUUUCCUCCCCACCCCCAAAUCCAAACCUAGCCUAGUUAACAUACAUUUAAUCUUCCAAUAGGGUUUGGCGUUGUUGUCAGCCUCGGGGAGAGAGAUUGGACAAGUGUUCUCCCAAGAACAGCGCUUCGCCGAGGAGGACUUUCUUCACAUCCCCCUCCCCGUUUCUUGGCGGGGGGCGUGUUUCCCCACGCGUUGGAAGAGAGACCCUUUGCAUCCGGCGUUGGGUGUGCGGCACAGCCGGCCGCUCUCCCGCGGGGACUGCCACUCAUCUUUCCGCGUUGAGCCAGCCAUGGCUAGUGAAGACCUUCGUGUCCCCUCCCCGCCACCAACAGGUGACGACGGGGGAGGGGGCGGGAGAGGUGAAGAGACCCUUGCCGGAGGGGGCUCCUUGUCCCUGAACCCCGGGCUGCCCAUCAGGGGCACCCGCAUGAAAUUUGCCGUGCUGACGGGACUGGUGGAAGUUGGCGAAGUGUCCCACAGGGAUCUUGUAGAAACUGUCUUUAACCUGUUGGUUGGAGGGCAGUUUGAUUUGGAAAUGAAUUUCAUUAUCCAAGAAGGCGAGAGUAUCACCUGCAUGGUGGACCUCCUGGAGAAAUGUGAUGUGACUUGCCAAGCAGAAGUGUGGAGCAUGUUUACAGCCAUUCUGAAGAAAAGCAUCCGGAACCUUCAGAUCUGCACAGAAGUAGGCCUUGUGGAGAAAGUGCUGGGCAAGAUUGAGAAAGUUGACCCCAUUAUAGCAGAUCUUUUAGUUGACAUGUUGGGAGUUCUGGCUAGCUAUAACCUGACAGUUCGAGAACUUAAGCUAUUUUUCAGUAAACUCCAAGGAGACAAAGGACAAUGGCCUCCCCAUGCUGGCAAGCUUCUGUCUGUAUUGAAGCAUGUGCCCCAGAAGUAUGGCCCUGACGCCUUCUUCAACUUCCCAGGGAAGAGUGCUGCAGCGAUUGCAUUACCUCCUAUAGCCAAAUGGCCGUACCAGAAUGGUUUUACAUUUCACACCUGGCUCAGAAUGGAUCCUGUCAAUAACAUCAAUGUAGAUAAAGAUAAGCCUUACUUGUAUUGUUUCAGAACCAGCAAAGGUCUUGGUUAUUCUGCUCAUUUUGUUGGAGGAUGUUUGAUUAUAACAUCAAUAAAGUCAAAAGGAAAAGGCUUUCAACAUUGUGUGAAAUUUGAUUUCAAACCACAAAAGUGGUAUAUGGUAACGAUUGUGCACAUUUAUAACCGGUGGAAGAACAGUGAGCUUCGAUGUUAUGUGAAUGGUGAACUGGCUUCCUAUGGCGAGAUAACAUGGUUUGUCAAUACCAGCGAUACCUUUGACAAGUGUUUCCUUGGCUCGUCAGAAACUGCAGAUGCUAACAGGGUGUUCUGUGGCCAGAUGACUGCAGUUUACCUGUUUAGUGAAGCUCUCAAUGCAGCUCAGAUAUUUGCCAUUUAUCAGUUGGGCCUGGGAUAUAAGGGUACAUUUAAAUUCAAAGCGGAAAGUGACAUUUUCCUUGCUGAACAUCACAAACUUCUACUGUAUGAUGGCAAACUUUCUAGUUCAAUUGCAUUUACUUAUAAUCCUCGGGCUACAGAUGCCCAGCUUUGCCUCGAGUCUUCGCCUAAGGAAAACCCUUCAAUUUUUGUUCAUUCGCCACAUGCACUCAUGCUGCAGGAUGUCAAGGCAGUUUUAACGCAUUCCAUCCAAAGUGCUAUGCAUUCAAUUGGAGGGGUUCAAGUGCUGUUUCCACUUUUUGCGCAGUUGGAUUAUAGGCAGUAUUUAUCUGAUGAGGUUGACCUGAGUAUCUGUUCAACCUUGCUGGCCUUUGUCAUGGAAUUGUUGAAGAACUCAAUUGCCAUGCAAGAGCAAAUGCUUGCCUGUAAGGGCUUCUUGGUGAUAGGAUACAGUCUCGAAAAGUCUUCCAAAUCCCAUGUCGGCAGAGCAGUGCUUGAACUUUGCCUUGCGUUUUCUAAGUAUCUCAGUAACCUGCAGAAUGGGAUGCCCCUGCUCAAGCAGCUGUGUGAUCACAUUCUUCUCAAUCCUGCCAUAUGGAUUCACACGCCAGCCAAGGUCCAGCUGAUGCUGUAUACUUACCUGUCCACGGAAUUCAUUGGUACAGUCAACAUCUAUAAUACCAUUCGGAGAGUCGGAACGGUGCUUCUCAUCAUGCACACACUCAAGUACUACUACUGGGCAGUGAAUCCUCAGGAUCGAAGUGGUAUCACCCCGAAAGGAUUAGAUGGACCACGACCUAAUCAGAAAGAAAUACUUUCCCUGCGAGCAUUCUUGUUGAUGUUCAUUAAGCAGUUAGUGAUGAAGGAUUCUGGAGUAAAGGAAGAUGAACUACAGGCCAUUCUUAAUUACCUACUGACUAUGCAUGAGGAUGACAAUCUAAUGGAUGUCCUUCAGCUGCUUGUGGCGUUGAUGGCAGAGCACCCUAACUCUAUGAUUCCUGCUUUUGACCAAAGGAAUGGCUUACGUGUUAUCUACAAACUUUUGGCAUCUAAAAGCGAAGGAAUCCGAGUACAGGCUCUCAAGGCAAUGGGCUAUUUUCUAAAACAUCUGGCUCCAAAGAGAAAAGCUGAAGUCAUGCUUGGGCAUGGGUUAUUUUCCUUGCUCGCCGAACGACUCAUGCUUCAAACAAAUUUAAUCACCAUGACCACAUACAAUGUCCUGUUUGAGAUUCUUAUAGAACAGAUUUGUACUCAGGUGAUACAUAAGCAGCAUCCAGAUCCGGAUUCUUCAGUGAAGAUACAGAACCCUCAGAUACUAAAAGUAAUUGCGACCCUACUUCGCAAUUCUCCCCAGUGCCCGGAGAGCAUGGAGGUUCGCAGAGCGUUUCUUUCUGACAUGAUUAAACUUUUUAAUAACAGCCGAGAAAACAGGAGGAGCUUGCUGCAGUGCUCUGUGUGGCAAGAAUGGAUGCUUUCUCUCUGCUAUUUCAAUCCUCAGAAUUCAGAAGAGCAAAAGAUCGCAGAAAUGGUAUAUGCCAUAUUCAGAAUCCUGCUUUACCAUGCCAUCAAAUACGAGUGGGGUGGCUGGCGUGUGUGGGUCGACACCUUAUCCAUCACACAUUCAAAGGUCACUUUUGAAAUACACAAAGAGAACCUUGCCAGUAUACUGAGGGAACAGCAUGGAAAGGUUGAUGGAGAAAUGGGGCUGUGUUCUUCAAGUCCAGUUCCUGCCAUCUCUGUCUCAGUGGGGUCCCAGCAAUCACACAUGAAGGAUUCCCCUGGUUCUCCUCAUUUGAUCCAAAACAGUGAUGAGAACUCAAGUAUUGAGAACAUUAGUUCCAUAGAAACCUCAUCUAAUAUUGACCUGCAGCCUCAGGGCACCUCUCUUGAAGAAAGACAAGCUGAGCAAGAAGAUCAGCUGUUAGUGGAUGAAGAAGUCACUUUGGAAGAAACACUGACAAAUGAGCCAAUGGGUGCAGGUGAGCUAGAGGCAUCUGCUGACUUCAGAGAACCCGAGGCUGUUUCCUCCGAGGCUCUGGAAAUAGCUGCCAAGGAUGCCAUCACCACCAGUGAAGGCACAGCCUCAGUGAGCUCUCCCUCCGAAGGGGAUGCUUCCGAAAUGCCAGAAUUACUGGAUAAAUCUCUAGGAGAGGAGGAAGAUGACGAUUACGUGGAACUGAAGGUGGAAAGUAGUCCUGCUGAGGACGCCAGUCUGCCCACGGAGGGCCAAGAUAACAGUGUGUCUCCAGCUGCAUCUGAAAUAAUCCUGCAAGAGGGAGAACCUGGGGUCAAUGCACCAGCUAGUAGUGAAGCCCCGAAUUCGGCAGAUCCUGCAUCCCUGGCUGUGACAGCAGCAGGGUCCCCAGCUCCUCCUAGAGAAACGACUGUGUCCCCUACAACUGUGCUGUCUGGCACAGAGCAGGUCCUGGAGGAAGGGCAGAAGACGGCCGCCUCCGCUGGAGAAGCUCAGUUAGUUAGCAAUGGUCCUGGUAAUAGUUCUGAAGCUUCUGCGGCUGCUGAGCCGAGGAUUGCCAAGUUGGAUGUUUCCAGUGUUGCUUCCGACACGGAGAAACUGGAGUUGAAGGCUAGUACAAGCAUGGAAGCCCCUCAACCAAAUCGACACGCGCUUGAGAUGCCAAGGCAACAGGAGCAGCCUGCCCAAGCACCAGUCCCAGACGCAGUCAAUGGACAAAGGAGGGAUUCCAGAUCCACCAUGUUUCGUGUUCCUGAGUUUAAGUGGUCUGCGAUGCAUCAGCGUUUGCUCACUGAUCUUUUAUUUUCCAUAGAAACAGAUAUUCAGAUGUGGAGAAGCCAUUCAACAAAGACAGUUAUGGACUUCGUGAAUAGCAGUGAUAAUGUCAUCUUUGUACACAACACAAUUCAUCUCAUCUCUCAAGUGAUGGACAAUAUGGUCAUGGCUUGUGGGGGUAUACUGCCAUUGCUUUCAGCUGCUACAUCGGCUACACAUGAGCUGGAGAAUAUUGAACCUACUCAAGGCCUUUCGAUAGAAGCCUCAGUGACAUUUUUGCAGAGGCUUAUUAGCCUGGUGGAUGUGCUUAUAUUUGCAAGUUCUCUUGGCUUUACUGAAAUUGAAGCAGAAAAAAACAUGUCAUCUGGAGGAAUUUUACGGCAAUGUCUCCGACUUGUCUGUGCAGUAGCCGUGAGAAACUGCUUAGAAUGUCAGCAGCACUCACAGUUGAAAUCUAGGGGAGAUCCAGCGAAAGUCCUGAAAACAUUGCACGGUCUGAUUCCAGUGGGAAAAUCUGCAGCGAAGAGUCCAGUGGACGUUGUGGCUGGUGGGAUAUCUCCAGUAAGAGAUCUUGGCAGGCUGCUACAAGACAUGGAUAUUAAUCGACUUAGGGCAGUUGUUUUCAGAGACAUCGAGGAUAGCAAACAGGCCCAGUUCUUAGCUCUGGCGGUUGUGUACUUCAUCUCUGUUCUCAUGGUCUCCAAGUACAGAGACAUUCUGGAACCUCAGGAUGAAAGGCGGGGCCAGUCAUGUAAGGAGACUGGAAGUGAGAAUGAGAGUCUGUCUCUCCCUGAUGCGGAAAACACCCCAACAUCAUUUAGCCCUUCCACAGCAGCGUCAGUGGAAGAAUCUGAAGGUCCAUCCUCUGCUCAGAGGGCCUCGGGCCUCGGGGAGGAAGCCUCGGCGGGUGCAGGCAGCCACGUGAAUGUGACUCCUCAGGCAGCACCUCCGAGUGUCAGCACAGGUCCCGAUGCAAUCAGUGAGGUGCUGUGCACUCUCUCUCUGGAAGUCAAUAAAUCUCAGGAAGCCAGAAGUGAUGGAGGAAAUGAGUUGGAGAACAAGGUUACACCACCAGUCCCAGUUUCAAAAAAUGUCAACGUGAAGGACAUUCUGCGGAGCUUGGUAAACACGCCGGCAGACGGGGUCCCAGGGGAGCCUGCCCUCCUGCCGCCAGCCUGCCUGGGAGCCCUGGGCGAUCUGUCCAUGGAGCAGUCUGUGGAGUUCCGAUCUUUUGACAGAAGCGUCAUCGUUGCAACCAAAAAAUCUGCAGUCUUACCUUCUCCCCUCAGUACGAACGUGCCUGCCCAUGCUCUGAGUGUGGUUUCUGCGGUGGAUUCAGCCCAGGCCUCCGAUGCGGGAGGAGACUCCCCAGGCACUGGAUCUUCUAAUGCAAAAUUGCCUUCAGUUCCAACAGUUGGGUCAGUUCCACAAGACCCAGCUUCAAAUAUGAGUAUUACAGAAAGGCUUGAGCAUGCUUUGGAAAAGGCCGCUCCUCUUCUGCGGGAAAUUUUUGUGGAUUUUGCACCUUUUCUUUCUCGGACCCUGUUGGGCAGCCAUGGUCAAGAACUGCUUAUAGAAGGAACAAGUCUGGUCUGCAUGAAAUCAAGUAGUUCAGUUGUGGAAUUGGUUAUGCUACUGUGUUCUCAGGAGUGGCAGAAUUCUAUUCAGAAGAAUGCAGGCCUUGCGUUUAUUGAACUUGUCAAUGAAGGAAGGUUGCUUAGCCAGACGAUGAAGGAUCAUCUUGUAAGAGUAGCAAACGAAGCCGAGUUUAUCCUGAGCAGGCAGAGAGCCGAGGAUAUUCACCGACAUGCAGAGUUUGAAUCGCUGUGUGCCCAAUAUUCUGCAGACAAGCGAGAAGAAGAGAAGAUGUGUGAUCAUUUGAUAAGAGCAGCUAAAUAUCGUGACCAUGUGACAGCAACUCAACUCAUCCAGAAGAUUAUCAACAUUCUUACAGACAAGCAUGGAGCCUGGGGAAACUCUGCAGUGAGUCGUCCUCGUGAGUUCUGGCGCCUUGACUACUGGGAAGAUGACUUGCGGCGCCGGCGACGAUUUGUGCGCAACCCUCUAGGAUCCACACAUCCUGAAGCAACCCUAAAAACAGCCGGGGAACAUGCUGCAGAUGAAGAUAUCCUUGCUAAAGGAAAACAGUCCAUCAAGAGUCACGCUUUAGGAAAUCAGAACUCAGAAAACGAGAUCCUGCUGGAAGGCGACGACGAUACUCUGUCAUCCGUAGAGGAGAAAGAUUUAGAAAAUCUCGCCGGUCCUGUCAGCCUGAGCACGCCAGCUCAGCUGGUGGCCCCCUCUGCUGUACUCAAGGGCACUCUCUCUGUCACCUCCUCUGAACUCUAUUUUGAGGUGGACGAAGAGGAUCCCAACUUCAAGAAAAUCGACCCAAAGAUCCUGGCCUAUACAGAGGGACUUCAUGGAAAAUGGCUGUUCUCAGAGAUACGGUCAGUUUUUUCUCGUCGUUAUCUGCUGCAGAAUACAGCCCUGGAGAUCUUUAUGGCCAACAGAGUUGCUGUAAUGUUCAACUUCCCAGACCCUGCAACUGUAAAGAAAGUGGUUAACUAUCUACCACGUGUUGGAGUUGGAACCAGUUUUGGAUUGCCUCAAACAAGGCGUAUUUCAUUAGCUAGUCCACGUCAGCUUUUCAAAGCUUCUAACAUGACCCAACGAUGGCAGCACAGAGAGAUCUCAAACUUUGAGUACUUGAUGUUUCUAAACACGAUUGCAGGAAGGAGUUACAAUGACUUAAACCAGUAUCCAGUGUUUCCUUGGGUCAUCACUAAUUAUGAAUCAGAAGAACUGGAUCUGACCUUGCCAAGCAACUUCCGGGAUUUGUCUAAGCCGAUAGGAGCUCUGAAUCCCAAAAGAGCAGCGUUCUUUGCUGAGCGUUAUGAAUCCUGGGAAGACGAUCAAGUUCCAAAGUUCCACUAUGGGACUCACUACUCCACAGCAAGCUUUGUUCUUGCAUGGCUGCUGAGAAUAGAACCGUUUACGACGUAUUUCCUAAAUUUGCAAGGAGGCAAAUUUGAUCAUGCAGAUCGGACUUUUUCAUCAGUUUCCAGAGCUUGGCGAAACAGUCAGCGUGACACGUCGGAUAUUAAGGAGUUGAUUCCUGAAUUUUACUAUCUUCCUGAGAUGUUUGUCAACUUCAAUAACUACAAUCUCGGAGUGAUGGAUGAUGGAACAGUAGUGUCUGAUGUUGAACUUCCUCCCUGGGCCAAAACCUCUGAAGAAUUUGUCCGCAUAAACCGACUGGCUCUGGAGAGUGAAUUUGUUUCCUGCCAGCUUCACCAGUGGAUUGAUCUCAUUUUUGGCUACAAGCAGCAAGGCCCGGAGGCCGUCCGAGCCCUCAAUGUGUUCUAUUACCUGACCUACGAAGGCGCUGUCAACCUGAAUUCGAUAACUGAUCCAGUGUUGAGGGAGGCUAUCGAAGCUCAAAUCCGAAGUUUUGGACAGACGCCCUCUCAGCUGCUCAUAGAGCCCCACCCUCCCCGAGGUUCGGCCAUGCAAGCUUAUCUCCUCCUGCAGAGUCCACUGAUGUUCACAGACCAAGCCCAGCAGGACGUUAUCAUGGUUCUAAAGUUUCCCUCCAACUCCCCUGUCACUCACGUGGCAGCCAACACCCAGCCGGGUUUGGCAAACCCUGCCGUGAUCACGGUCACCACGAAUAGGCUCUUUGCCGUGAACAAGUGGCACAACCUUCCUGCUCAUCAAGGUGCUGUACAAGACCAGCCAUACCAGCUGCCAGUGGAAAUCGAUCCUCUCAUAGCCAGCAAUACAGGAAUGCACAGGAGGCAAAUCACCGACCUUCUGGACCAGAGCAUUCAGGUCCACUCCCAGUGCUUUGUGGUCACUGCAGACAACCGCUGCAUCCUUGUCGGCGGCUUCUGGGAUAAGAGCUUCCGAGUCUAUUCUACGGACACAGGAAAGCUGAUCCAGGUGGUGUUUGGCCAUUGGGAUGUGGUCACGUGCCUGGCCCGUUCUGAGUCCUACAUCGGGGGGAACUGCUAUGUCCUCUCAGGGUCACGUGACGCCACCCUUCUGCUGUGGUUCUGGAAUGGAAAAAGCAGUGGCAUUGGAGAUAACCCAGGCAGUGAGACCGCUGCCCCGCGGGCCAUCUUGACAGGCCACGACUGCGAGGUCACGUGUGCAGCCGUGUGCGCCGAGCUGGGCCUGGUGUUAAGCGGUUCUCAAGAAGGCCCGUGUCUCAUACAUUCCAUGAAUGGAGACCUGUUAAGGACCUUGGAGGCUCCUGCCAACUGCCUGAGACCCAGGCUCAUCCAGGCUUCAAGGGAGGGUCACUGCGUGAUAUUCUACGAGAGCGGCCUCUUCUGCACGUUCAGCGUCAACGGGAAGCUCCAGGCCACCACCGAGACACGGGACAACAUCAGGGCCAUGCAGCUGAGCCGCGACGGGCAGUACCUGCUCACCGGGGGAGACCACGGCGUGGUUGUGGUCUGGCAAGUGUCUGACCUCAAGCAGCUCUUUGCCUAUCCAGGCUGCGACGCUGGUAUCCGGGCCAUGGCUCUGUCCUACGACCAGAGGUGCAUCAUUUCCGGCAUGGCUUCCGGCAGCAUCGUUCUGUUUUACAACGACUUCAACCGCUGGCAUCAUGAGUACCAGACCCGCUACUGAGGGUGACAGCUAUGCCCUGGGCCGCCCCACAGCUGGGCGGGGAGGUGCCCGGGCAGUGUCCUGCAGAAACAGCAAUCACAUCUGAAUGUAACUUAAAUUUGCUCGAAGCAGCAAAAUAUUUUUUAAUGUCAAUUGCUAUUUUUGUAGACUUUGCUUGACAUUGGGGGUGGGGUGGGGAGGAGAGCAAAGAAGAAAACGGGCUGCUGGGUUCUGUAGUUUAAAAAAAUCUAUAUUUUUAGUCAUAAGAAGUCUAUUUUCACCAAUUAUGGAAACUUAGAGUGGAGUGAGCAAACCCCACUUAUUCUAGCUCUAUUAUGAAAAAAAAAACCCUUCCCAGUCAUCUGUAACCGUGAGAAUCCCAUGCUCUGACAUGGGAAAUGGGCUGUAAUGAGGGGUUGGGGAAUCUGAGGCUGUGCUUUUGGGUCCUGUAUUUUUUUCUCCAAAUUGUGCUUCUUCAGCGCUGAAAUUCCUGGGAUUUACAUAGGAAUGUUUAAAUUAUGGUUAAUGUAAUUUAAGGCAUUUCAGUGAAUUAUUUCUGUCAAUAUUAUUCUUUAAGCAUGUUUUAGACAUAAAAAUAAUUAUGAUUUGGAGAGACUUUUGUUUAACCUAACGGAUCCUCAGAGCAAGCGUGAGCUACUUACCUUUUGGUUUCCUGAUCUGCCGCCUCCAUCACACAGCACGGUGACACGAGGGAGAGGCUCCUGGGCUCACAAACUUCAUUCUUCUUUCAAGUAAAUCCAAGUACCAAAGCUCCCCCCAAGGUCUGGCUGUGCAAGGAGACACAACCACAGCAGGGUCCCCCGUCCCCCACCCCCUAGUCCCAGAUUCCAGAACCGAGGGCCACCAGGUGCUGUGGUAAGCAACACCUGUUUUAUCUUCUCUUUGUUACUGAACUCUCUCCACCUUCUUUUUGAUUAGCGAUUUGUACUAAGAAACAAUGUUAUUUUGGUGUUGUAUACUUCUACUUUUCUAGUAGACUGCUGUAUGGAAUUCUGUGAAAAAACAUUUGAGAAAAGGUCUGUACUGCAUAAAUAAACUCUUUGUAUGUUGUGA